GUGCAGCCAGUGAUGUCAAUGCGAAUUAUUUUCAACCCUUCAUUCGACUAAAGCUGCAUUUCAAAAGGAGACCCCAGCGACGAGCUUAAUCUGCAAGCUGCAUGGGUCCCGGGCUAUAGACUGCCUCACAUCCACGACGUCCUGUCAUCGAAAAAAAUCCGAUCGGCCUUGAGACCACCAAGUCCCUGCAUUACUUCCGCCAUGUCCGCAUCCAACGUCUUCGCCAGCUCAUUGCGAGCUUGCAGGGUCGCCGCCAGGCAAAAUGCAGCUCGUCUACCCGCUCCUCGUACCUCCGGCAGCUUCUUGGCGACUGCACGGCCCGCGCGGUUCUCCAGACAGCCAACAGCAUUCAGCCUAGCCAGGAGGUCUCUCUCUACGACAGCAACCAGGUCGCAUGGCCAUGUCACUCCGCCAAAGCCCGGUGAAGAGCUCUAUAUUACCUUUAUAGACAAGGAUGACAUGGAGCACAAGCUAGCAGUUUCCGCCGGCGAUAAUCUCCUCGACAUUGCCCAAGCGCACGACCUUGAGAUGGAGGGAGCUUGCGGCGGUUCGUGUGCCUGCUCGACAUGUCAUGUCAUUGUUCUGGAUGACAAGUACUACGAUGCGAUGCCGGAACCCGAGGACGACGAGAACGACAUGCUUGAUUUGGCAUUCGGCCUUACCGAGACGAGCAGGUUGGGUUGUCAGGUUACCAUGACUAAGGAGUUGGACGGAAUGAAGGUCAAGUUGCCAUCAAUGACGAGAAAUCUGCAGGCGAGCGAUUUCAAAUAGAGAGAAGAGUGAGGGGAAGGAACUUAAUGAGAUGUGAACCAAGAGUCACAUAUGUAUACCAUGAUACAGGAUUUGGGACCUCUUCAGCAUUAAGAGCUGUACUUAUAGACCACUUCAUUGCGAGUGAGAUGCGCUUGCGGAUGAGCUUUGUACCAUAUAAAAAACAUCCCAUCUUCAAUGACCUUAUACAGAUCACAAAACAGUAGACCGUGACGCCAAAAGAAUUGCUUAUUAACUUGAUAAACUCCGAAAUCACAGGCUCCUUAAACAGAUUAAGCAGCUCAGGCCUCCUCGAGCGGAGCCUUGUUCAAUCCUCCACCGCCACCAGCAAUCAAGUCCAAAAAACCCUUUUUGCUCAUCUCGGCAACCUUUUGCUCCCUCUUACCCAUACCAAUGACGCCCUCGCUCCUGACGGCCCGCUCCGCGUCGGCGGCCUUGACCUGCGCGGCCCUGAUGGCGUUGAACAGCUUGAUGACACCCCUCUGCGCCGUCUUGCGCAGCCUCUUCUCGGCCGCCUGCAUCUCGGCCGUCUGCCCUUCCUGGGAUAUCAGGACGUCCUUGACGCGGCCCUUCUCCAGCGCUGCGCGCCUCUGCUCUGCCAUCUUGCGAUGCGCCUUGGCCUCGAGCGCCGAGUCGACCGCCAGUCGCGCCGCCUCG